CAGCACUAGAAAGCAAGAAAAGAAAAAAAAAGAAAGAAAGAAAUGAAAGAAAGAAAGAAAGAAGGAAACAGGGAAGGGAGAUCCGAGAGAGGGGAGCGCCGGUGGAGGUGUCGCGCCAUCAUCGCGGACCGCCGCUGCCGCUGCGUCCUGCUGCUUGCGCCGCCGCCGCCGUCCAGGAAGCUGCCGCUUCUGCUCGCUGUCGCUGUUGAGAUCGCGGGCUUGGAACCGCCACGCCUUCAUCGCCGCUGCUCGCCUUUCCUGUCACAGCCACCGUCCCCGCCACGAAGUCCGUCGCCAUUGCUGCAGCUGUCAACGUCGUCGUACAUGGGUGAGGCAGAGGAGAGAGAUCCGGGAGGAAGGGAGGAUCGAGACCUGUCCAGCCACCGCGCGCAGUUGCCGCUCCUAUCACCGGCCAUCCUCAUCAAAUCCGCCGCCUCCGAAGCUUCUGGCCGCGACUUCUGGCCGCACCUCUGCCGUCGGAGAGCGCUGCUGCCACCGAAAACCGCCUUUGAAGCCUGUGUAUGUUGGAAACUGCCGCCGGAACCCCUGUCUUCUUGGUUUGGGUUUCGGUAUUUGCGCGUCGAAAUUAAGGUUGUUAUUGAACCACCGGAGCUUCGGGGAGUGCCGGAGCUGCCGCCUGAUCGGUAUUUUCCGCCUGCCGGAGCUUUGUUUCUCGUGGUGAGGUUAUUUGAUUCUGUUUCAAUUUAUCAUAAAUGUUCCAUUACUAAUUUCGUUCUAUUCCUCUCGAUAUCAAUUUCGCUUUAAAUUCCAAUUUAUGUC